UGUUCUCGAGCUCCCAGACUUCAAAAAGUAUAGAUUAGCCUUAGGUUGAAGUUAGGGUUCUUGAGUGCGGGGCACCAAUCUCAAAACCCUAACCCUAAUCCUGCCCUUUCCAGGUGCUCAGACGCAUAAGUUGCAGCUUGCAUGUGUGAACUUCUUUCUAAGGAGGGGCGCCUCAAAGCGCCAUUAGACAGCUAGCUAGGGACCAGAAGCCCUUCAUCAUAGCAACCGUGUGGCCCCAUGCAACCAUGCUUGACCCUCUACAACGAGACGGGUAUGGUGUCGCUUGUACAGUGGAGUUUCAUGUCGCAAAUUUAGACUUCGUAUCAACACAACCACGUUCCGCAAGGGUUCAAGGAAGAGCGCUCCAUUCAUUUAGCACUCUCAGGAGCUGCACCACCCCCAUCAGACGUCCAGUCCAGAAAAUGAGAGGGCGCAUGGGGCUACGUUUGCAAGGAUCUCCGUCCAGAGGCAUCUUAAUAUCAUGCAUACUGCCGCCAAAAGUAUCAAAAGGGAAGGCCAAUAGAGUCUGCGGGGGUGCUUUGAUGCCAGCAUUGGAUAUUGGUAUGGGAGCCAGGUCAGGAAAGCGCGCAUCGUCAGCUACACCUCAAGCAAAAAUGUCAAAAAAUGUAAGCAGAAGUACAAGUGGUAAAAGCUUUGGGAAUGGAGAUGAAGAGGAAGAAGUGGGAGAAGAAAGUGAAGGAUGGGACAAUGGAGCAGAACAGGAAGAUGAAGAUGGAGAAGACGGUGGUGGAGAAGGGGAAGAUGAAGAAAGGGAAUAUGAAGACGGGCCUUGCAACGCCGUGCGAUGCCAAUGUGGCUUUGACGCAGUGUAUCAGCAGACACUGGGCGUCGACCUGGGCGAUAGGAACACUGGGGUGGCAAUCAGUUGGGGAGAUGUCGGGGCGCCCCGCUCACUGCAGGUCCUUCAACUGCCUUGGGACGAGCUUAUCAGAAGACUGCUCGAGCUGGCUGAGAGCGAGGGCGCAGACGAGAUCGUUGUGGGUCUGCCUCUGCAACUAGGCACGGGGAACGAGUCGAACCAGGCCCGCAAGUCGCGCACCUUUGCGGUAAAGCUGGCAGCGGCUGCUAAUGCCAGAGGGGUUCGAGUGUACUUAUUCGACGAAGCCCUGACUUCUAAAGACGCCAUGUCAUACAUGAUCAAAACCGGAGUUAAACGCAAAACUAGAAAGGCCAAUCUGGACGCUAUGGCUGCAGCGGUGCUGUUAGAAACCUACUUUCGUGAUGGGGGCUGCAAAGCUGAACGAGUGGCGCCGCCAUUGCUGAGUGCAACACGUGGAGCACUAGGAUGCUGACACGUGGAAGGAUUUCAAGAAACGGCGGGUCUUCAACGACAGCCUAUAUGAAGGAUUGGGAUAGUUUUUGAUAAGCAACAAGGACUGAGGGCGGGACCCACUUGAUCUACACUACUAGCUGAUUGGAUCCAACUCACAAUCCUUUGGAGUGUUCCAUCCGAUCGGCCUAGGUGUCCCUUUGAGUUUCUUAGCUGAGUCCCUUUGAGCCUCCUCCGUUGAUACUGUCUAGAAAAGUCACUUGAUUGCCUUACUAUACAGGCUGCCUAGACGGCCGCAGCGGCCGACUGGAUUAAAGGCGGCACACGCACUUCCAAAUAACAGUCCGUCACUGAUCGACGCGGUUUAGUACUCGAGUCAUAGGUUCGAAGGUUGGAAUAAACCGAAGGCGCGGUCUAGCUAGCCCAAGGCUGCCCCGCCUGACUCAACGCCUGGCAUGCCAGAGCAACUUCUCUAGAUUACAUCAUGUCAUGCGCAUUUCAGACUCAAAGGGUAUGUCGACGUAUUGCCAGUGACAUUGCACCGAAACAUGAGGUAAAUUCCGGA